UUAUAAGCCCCGCCCGGGGCGCUCGCGGAGGGCUCGGCCGCCAGCAACCGAGCGGGGCCCGGCCCGAGCUGGGCCUUGGGGUGCGACGCCGAGGGCGGGGGAGCGCGCGACGCUGCUCCGGGACCGGGCCGCGCGCGCCGCCUCAGGGCCCUUCGUUGUGCUGCCCGUGAACAAGGCUCCUGCACGGCGCCCCGACGUCUGCACAGACCCGCAGCUUCCGAGUGCGCCAGCUCCCGGCCGUCACCAUGGGGUCCGAGGAUCACGGGGCGCAGAACCCCAGCUGUAAGAUCAUGACCUUCCGGCCCACCAUGGAAGAGUUCAAAGACUUCAACAGAUACGUGGCCUACAUCGAGUCCCAGGGCGCCCACCGCGCCGGCCUGGCCAAGAUCAUCCCCCCGAAGGAGUGGAAGCCUCGGCAGACCUAUGACGACAUCGAUGACGUGAUCAUCCCCGCGCCCAUCCAGCAGGUGGUGACCGGCCAGUCGGGCCUGUUCACGCAGUACAACAUCCAGAAGAAGGCCAUGACCGUGGGCGAGUACCGACGCCUGGCCAACAGCGAGAAGUACUGCACCCCACGGCACCAGGACUUCGACGACCUGGAGCGCAAGUACUGGAAGAACCUGACGUUCGUGUCGCCCAUCUACGGGGCGGACAUCAGCGGCUCUCUGUAUGAUGAUGACGUGGCGCAGUGGAACAUCGGGAACCUGCAGACCAUCCUGGACAUGGUGGAGCGGGAGUGCGGCACCAUCAUCGAGGGCGUGAACACGCCCUACCUCUACUUUGGCAUGUGGAAGACCACCUUCGCCUGGCACACGGAGGACAUGGACCUGUACAGCAUCAACUACCUGCACUUCGGGGAGCCCAAGUCCUGGUACGCCAUCCCCCCGGAGCACGGCAAGCGCCUGGAGCGGCUCGCCAUCGGCUUCUUCCCUGGCAGCUCCCAGGGCUGCGACGCCUUCCUGCGGCACAAGAUGACCCUCAUCUCGCCCAUCAUCCUCAAGAAGUACGGCAUCCCCUUCAGCCGGAUCACGCAGGAGGCUGGCGAGUUCAUGAUCACUUUCCCCUACGGCUACCACGCUGGCUUCAACCACGGCUUCAACUGUGCUGAGUCCACCAACUUCGCCACCCUGCGGUGGAUCGACUACGGCAAGGUGGCCACGCAGUGCACGUGCCGCAAGGACAUGGUGAAGAUCUCCAUGGAUGUGUUCGUGCGCAUCCUGCAGCCCGGCCGCUACGAGCAGUGGAAGCAGGGCAAGGACCUGACCGUGCUGGACCACACGCGCCCCACGGCGCUCAGCAGCCCCGAGCUCAGCGCCUGGAGCGCCUCCCGUGCCUCGCUCAAGGCCAAGCUCCUCCGCAGACAAAUCAGUCUGAAGGAAAACAGGCACUGGAGGAAGGCUGAGGAGGAGAGAAAGCCCAGCCUAGAGAGGAAGCGCGAGCCGGGCAGGAAGCCGGGCUGCCCGUCUCACCGGAAACGGAACCUGCCCAAGAAGUCCAAGCCCGAAGACCCCAAAUCACCAGGGGAGGGGGCGACCAUCCUGGAGGAGGUGGGGGAGAGCAGCGCUAAGGAGACAGUGCCCCCCGGGGCUGAGCACGAGGAGGACGACGAGGAGCCGCAGACGCUGCCCCAGGCCCGGGAGGCCGAGGGCGUGGAGGAGGACGGGAGGGGCAAGCUGCGGACCCCCAAAGCCAGGAGCGACCGGAAGAAGAAGGGCCUCAGCCCCCCGCACCCCCACUCCCCGCUCCUGCCCAGUCUGCCCGCGCCCACUCCCCCCCAGUUCCCCAGCAAGGAGGCUCCCCGGCCGGAGUCCCUGGGCCCCCCCACAGGCUCUGCCUCCGAGGAGAGUCCCCCGCCGCUGGCCCCCCUCAAUGUGGUACCCCCCGAGGCCCCAGGGGAGGACCAGGAGGCGAAGCCACGCCCCAUCAUCCCCAUGCUCUACGUGGUGCCUCGGCCCUCGCCAGCCACUGCAGACAAGGCCCGGGCGCCCGCCGAGCCCCUGGGCCAGAAGGGCCCUUCCUGGAAGGCCCAGCCGGGGCCCAUGGAGCUGGCAGGGCCCGAGGAGGACAGCGGGGCCCUGGACGGACAGGCACCCCCAACAUUCCCCAAGUUGAAGAUGGAGAUCAAGAAGAGCCGUCGGCACCCGCUGACCCGGCCACCCGCCCGCUCCCCGCUGUCCGUGGUCAAGCAGGAGGCGUCUAGCGAUGAGGAAGCGCUGCCCUUCCCGGAGGAGGAUGUGAGUGACCCCACGACCCUGCGGGCACUGCUGGACAUGCAGUGGAGGGACCAGACUAGCUGCUUCCAGGCCGAACGCAAGUUCAAUGCCGCUGCCGCGCGGACAGAGCCUCACUGCGCCGUCUGCUCCCUCUUCUAUCCCUACAGCCAGUCCCUGCAGACAGACAAGGAGGCCCCUCAGGCUCCCUCGGGGGAGGCCGGCCCGGCCACACCCUCCUCCCAGAGUGGCCAGAAGACUCGGCCGCUGAUCCCCGAGAUCUGCUUCACCUCUGGCGGGGGCAGCACGGGGAGCACCGAGCCGCUGCCGGCCAGCGCGGCCAUCGGCGAGGACGGCGCCAGCCUGCUCGUCGCCUGCACCAAGUGCUGCCUGCAGGUCCAUGCCAGCUGCUACGGUGUCCGGCCAGAGCUGGUCAGCGAAGACUGGACAUGCUCCCGCUGCGCUGCGCAUGCCUGGACUGCGGCUUGCUGCCUUUGCAACCUCAGGGGAGGCGCCCUGCAGAUGACCACUGACAGGAGGUGGAUCCAUGUGAUCUGUGCCAUCGCAGUGCCAGAAGUGCGGUUUGUGAAUGUGAUGGAGCGUCGCCCCGUGGAUAUCAGCGCCAUCCCCGAGCAGCGGUGGAGGCUGAAAUGCGUGUACUGCCGGAAGUGGAUGAAGAAGAUGUUAGGCGCCUGCAUCCAGUGCUCCUGCGAGCACUGCUCCACGUCCUUCCACGUGACCUGUGCCCACGCCGCUGGGGUCCUCAUGGAGCCCGACGACUGGCCCUAUGUGGUGUCCAUCACCUGCCGCAAGCACAAGGCAGGGACCCACAGCGCCCAGCUUUUGCGGGCGGCGGUGUCCCUGGGCCAGGUGGUCAUCACCAAGAACCGCAAUGGCCUGUACUACCGUUGCCGCAUCAUCGGCAGCACCCCCCAGACCUUCUACGAGGUCAACUUUGAGGACGGCUCCUACAGCGACAACCUGUACCCUGAGAGCAUCACCAGCAGAGACUGUGCCCGCCUGGGGCCCCCAGCUGAGGGGGAGCUGGUGGAGCUUCGCUGGGCGGAUGGAAACGUGUACAGAGCCAAGUUCAUCUCCUCGACCACCAGCAUCCUGUACCAGGUGGAGUUUGAGGACGGGACCCAGCUGACAGUCAAACGGGGGGACAUCUUCACCCUGGACGAGGAUCUCCCCAAGAGGGUCCGGUCACGGCUGUCUGUCAGCAUGGGGGCCCCCCAGGAAAGCGUCUUCUCAGGAGAGGAGGCGAAGGCCGCCAAGCGCCCACGGGUGGGCACCCCGCACGGCGUCGAGGACUCGGGGCGCAGCCCGGACUGCCUGGCCUUCAUGGAGAGCCUGCGGCAGGCGCAGGCACGGCCCGGGGGCCCCUUCUAGGGUGCAGGCGGCGGGCCCUGGAGUUUGCGUGCUGUGAACCCCCCACCUCGCUUGGCCCCAGGGGCCACCUUCGUGGCCUCAGAGCCUGUUGGACGCUGCCCGGGCCCCCCGGACUCAGGGAGUGGGGCCACAGGGGCUCCGGGGGGCCAGUGGGGGAGCCCGGGCCCCCCACUCCUCAGAUUUGUAAACCACGUGAGCUCUUCUCGAAAACGGUGCUACUCAGAGCCCAGGACGGUGACGUGUACAUAGACCACCUUUGUGAGCUGCUUUCUACGGACACUAUUGUUUAAAAAAAGAAAAAAAAAUGCGCGCGGGAAAAAGAACAAAAGAAAAAAAAAUCCCCAAAGUCCUUUUCUAGAUUUGUGGCUUUACCAACCAAACCAAACCCUUCUUUUCCUCAGAAGCGAGGGGCUCCACCGAUGGAGAGAGCAGCAGAUGGUCGGGGUGGGUUUUUGGGUCUUGGGGGUCUUUUGAAAACUCUGUCUAUAAGCCAGCGGGCGGGGGGUGGGCUACCUGUGGCCGGGCCAGGGCACCAUGGAACGGUGUGGGGGAGUCGCCCGGCCCGGCAUCUCUUCAGGCCUCCCCAUCCUCUGGCCCCGGCCCCUGCCUGACUGCAGGCAAGUUAGGUCACUCUGCAGUCUGAGAAGGUGCAACUGUGACUCAGAGAGGGCGGGGGACCCGAACUGAUGGGGGCAGCCCUGGUAGGUCCUCUCGAGGCCGUCAGCCACCCCUCAGAGGGGACCCUUCUCUGUGGUCCUGGGGUGAAUGGGUGGGGGGGGCAGGCCCUACUCGGGAGUGGGGGGCCAGCAGAGGGCAAGAGCAUCGGCCACUGGCUCCAAAUAACCAUUUCAUAAGUCAGAAUGAAGGGUCUUGGGCUGUCCGGCCAGAGAGGAUGGGCCUGAGGGGGCAGAGUGGUUUCCUUGGUGGGGAGGGGAGCGGGGAGGUGGCCCCCACGUGGGGGUGCCCCUCUGCAUGCAGCAGCCCACCAAGUGCUCAGACAUAGUGUGAGAUGCUAUUUAUAUUAUAAAAGGGGGCACGGCAGCCCUGGGGGGCAGCGGGGUCUCUGGCCCACACCCCACCGCUGGCUGGGGGGGGUGGCAUUUGUGCAGACGGCUGACAGGAAGAGCACUUCUUCCACAAAGGUCUGUGUGUGCAUAAGGGAAAUGAGAAGCCCCGCCAGGCCCCCCAAGAUGAAGGACAAGCUGUACUUUUUUGCCUAAUUUCCUGCCUCGGUUCCUAAUGAAUUAAAGGCCCCUGAACAUGCGGA